AAAAAGCCUCAUAUAUCCUAGAAAACUAUCGCUUCAUUUGCAAGCGUCUCAGCAUAGGCAAGUUGAUAACUUAAUGGUCGUGUGGGCCGACACUUUAUGGCAGAGAGCCUUACAGCUGAAAUUUUUGGGAUUUUCUGGCUGGCUGGUUUUGUCAAACAUGUGAUCUAGGGUGGCUUGAAGGUAAGAGCUGGCGGUUCAUGGUCCGUCAGCGUGUUGAAUCUCCUUCAUCACACAUAAACUCUUCAAUGUCUGCAUCAAGCUCACAAGGAAUCAAUACCCUCCUGGAGGCAGAGCGAGAGGCAGCAAAGAUUGUAGAGAAGGCUAAGCAAUACCGCGUUCAACGCCUGAAGGAUGCUCGUACUGAAGCAACCAAGGAGAUCGAUGAUAUCAAAGCUCAAAAGAAUGCUGAAUACCAACAGUUUAUUUCAGAGCAUGCUGGAGAGUCAGGCGACGCAGGCAAAGUGCACGAGGAAACUGAGCAGAAGCUCCAAGAAAUUGCACAGCAAUACAAGGAGAACAAGCAAAAGGUCAUCGCAAAGAUGAUGGAGAGUCUUGUCACCGUCAAACCCGCCCCUCACGAGAACAGUGUUAUCUAGAGCUGAUCCCUUCAUCAUAUUGAAUUUAAAGCACUCUUUUUCUUGUAUAUGACUCGGGAAAUUUUGCCUUUUUGCUGUUUGGUGCUAUUGUAAUGUUGCUGCCGUGAUAUGUCGUUUUGGCCACCCUUCGGCUAUUGAAAGGGGUGAUUCUGAUAGAUGGCUAAGGUGUACUUGUUUUCAAGACCAAGCGAGAUGGGACGAGUUAUAACCGCAAACAAAGUUACUUUUUAUU